AUGUGCGACACGGGGAACUUCCACGCGCUGUACUUUGACCCCGCCAAAGCCGGGGUGAUGCAGCCCGGGCUUUUCCCGCACCCGUGUCUCCCGGAUCCUGAACCCAAAGCAAACAAGAAGGGUUCCAGUGGGAAAGACGGCCUUGCCAUGAUGAGCCUGGCACGCCAGAACCAGGUGGGAACCGUAAUGUUGUAUGGAACGCCCAUCGUCUCACUCUUCAUCGAUGGUCAGGAACGACUAUGUCUGGCACAGAUCUCCAACACAUUGCUCAAAGACUAUAGCUACAAUGAGAUCCACAACCGCCGUGUUGCACUGGGCAUCACCUGCCUGCAGUGCACCCCGGUACAGCUGGAGAUCCUGCGACGCGCCGGGGCAAUGCCCGUGUCCUCCCGUCGCUGUGGACUCAUCACCAAGAGGGAAGCAGAAAGGUUGGUCAAAUCCUUUUUGGAGGACAUCGCUCCGCCUCAGCUUCCAGAGGACUUCAAGUUUGAGGUGUACCACGAAUGCGGCUGGGGUUGCAGAGGAAGCUUCUUGCCGUCCCGUUACAACAGUUCCAGAGCGAAAUGCAUAGAGUGUCACUUAUGCAAGGGAUACUUCUCGCCGAAUAAAUUUAUCUUUCACUACCAUAGAUCUCAUUCCGCGUCGUAUCGCCACCCAGACGCGGCCAACUUCAACUCUUGGAGGCGCCAUCUGAAGCUGUGCGACCAAGCUCCGUCAGACGGGCUGGUCCACGCAUGGGAAGACGUCAAAGCUAUGUUUAACGGGGGAAGCCGAAAGAGAAUGUUGAGCAGCCCCACUAAAGCUCCUCACAGCCCCAAAAUACCGACCCUGCCCCCAUCCCCGACCUCGGAAGACAUCGGUUUCUACUCUUUCCCAUCCUCGUCUUCAUCUUUUCCUUACUACCCCUACAUGUCAGCAGUCGCAGACCCUUUGCAUUUUCAGAGGUUGGCCCAGGGCCCCAUGCACCCAGCCUUUCCACGGGGCGUAAAUUGCCCACGAUCGCCUUCGUUCCAAAGUUACGGAGACGUCUUACGUUCCCUGAGCGCACCGUACACGAUGAUGUGGAUGCAGCAGCCGUCAUACCCUAAACCGGAUAUGAACUACUACAUGCGAUCCUGCGACGGGGAAGAUGGAUGUCCACAAGAGCCCAAAUCAAACAAAACCUCAACGUCCGAUGACAAGAGGCACAGCACCAGAGACCUUAGAAAUCAAACAACUGAUAAAAACACUGCAAAUUCAGAAAUAGUGGAUUCCUCCUCUAACGAUAGCGAGCGUUAUAAAGAGUUCCCGCGGACAAACAACACGCCGUGGAAAAUCAAAACAGCGGGGAAGAAAGACGUCCCUGACUCCGGGAAAACUCCAGGCUCCGAUGACGAAGGACCCAUCGAGGUCGUGGAAGAAGAGUGCAAGGGAGGUAACGCCAUAGACAAGAGUGACAAUGAAGUUAAAGGACUUGGCAACAGGGGCGAAACUCGGACAUCAGAAAUUGUGGACAGUUGUAGUUCUCGGGAGGAUAAGAUUUGCAAACAGUCGGACUGCCACGAUAAUCCAGGCAUAGAUAGCUCUGGGAGAAUUUCCGAACCUCUAUCCGGUGGGGAAGUAACAAGACAAAACUCUGUCGAUAUGGAGGAGCUGCUUGCUGACAACGAAGACUGUUCUCUAAGUGCUCUGGAUGUGGAGAUGGCGUCAGUCAGUAGCGGGGGUUAUUCUAAUAUGCCACUCGAAGAGCUACAAAGUCUACUGUCCAGAGCCAAGAAAGCUCGAGAACAGGCGGAGAAGCGGAACCUUCGACUUAAAGGAUCUUUGGAGGACACGUUAAGACGUGAGGCGAGGAUUAAACAGGAAUUAACAGAACAAAUCUCGGCCAUGCGAGGAUCUUUAUAUUCAGAGAUAGAACAAGAAAGAAAAGCCAAGGGGCUAAUACAGAUGCGCCUCAAAGGUAGGCCACUGGAAGUCCACGAUGCUUUACACAACGUAUCCUGUGGAUUACAGCCCGACUGCAGCGACCCCUGUUCAUGUCAAAGAGAAAAGGCAGACAACUCCAGCCCCAGUGUAUAA